AUGGAGAAGCAUGAAGCUGUUUGCAUCAAUUUCACAAGGAGGAAUUAUUCGACUUGGGAGUUUCAAUUUCAAACUCUUCUUCAAGGCAAAAAGCUGUGGGGCUAUAUUGAUGGCUCCAUAAAGCUCCCAGCAGAAACUGAGGUUGAAAAAAGGGCUGAAUGGAUAGCCACUGAUCCAGGAAUUCGUUCCUGGAUUCUCAAGUCUGUUGACUCUCAUAUAGUUCUGAGCCUUCGUUCAUAUUCCACUGCAAAACAGAUGUGGGAUUACCUCAAACUUGUGUUCAAUCAUGACAAUAAUGCUAGGCGCUAUCAGCUUGAGUUGGAGAUUGCCAAUUUCUUUCAAGGCAAUUUAUCAAUUCAGGAGUAUUACUCAGGUUUUCUUAAUCUAUGGACUGAGUAUUCUGGCCUUAUUCAAGCUAAAGUUCCUGCAGAAGGCUUGGCUGUUGUGCACCAAGUCCAUGCCGCGAGCCAAAAGGAUCAAUUUCUCAUGCGUUUGCGUCUUGAAUUUGAAGCUACUAGAUCUGCCUUGCUUAACAGGGAGGUCACUCCCUCUCUAGUUGUUUGCCUAGGAUAG